UAUCACUUUAUGGAGGAGUGUUUCCAGCGAGUACAAGAGGAACGCCAGUGGACGUAGGGAGCAGACAAAUCCUAGUCAGAAUCAAUGGUUUUACGUACGAUUUGGAGAUGGGAACACAAAUAAAGUUUCACUUUUUUUUAUGCCAUUCAUUUAUAAUAACAUUAAACUGAUGACAUUACAGUAAUAAUUUUUUUUAAUCAGUACAGUAUUAUUAGCUGUGUAACGAAGCUUUUCUUGUUACUAGUCCCAUGGAAUGUUGGAAAAGAAACCGGAAAAAGUUGAGAGCACAAAUGUUCAUGCAAGGGAACAAAUCAUGCUGUGUGCUCUCACGGAUUUCCCUGGAUGUAAAAUAGUGUUGUGUAUAUUGUAAAGUAUGUGGAGAGAUUUUAUGAAGAUUGUUAGUCUAAGGUAAGAGGUUCUUGAAGUGUGCAUUAAAAGAAAGGAGUCCCUUAGUGCAGAAGUGAGUGUUGCGUUGAUGCCAAUGAAAUAAUUUUAUGCGACACAUUAUUUAUCUUGUAGCUGUGUUUUAGAAGUCGUUCUGCCAGGCACUAUAUUCAAUGUCUCCUAGCUAUAUAUAGCCUUUAAACUCCAUUUAUCUAUUCUCAUUGUUUAGUUUACAUCCUUGAUCAUUCAUCACUUUUAAUUGAUAAUGGAUUCCAUUAAUGUGUUUUAAUUGAUUGAGCUCUUUUCAUUUCAUUUUUAUCUUUUCUUGGCAGUUUAAGAGAAAACAUACUUAAACCUCAUGGUGCCCAUGAGUUUUUUUUAUAGCAUUUUAGAUCUUUUAUAUGUGAUAUAUAAAUAUAUAAAUAUAUAUUUAAAUACAGUUAUAUUAGGGUUAGGGAAAAAUAAGUUAGACUUUUGAUAAUUGUUGAUUUUCCUUGUUUAGAAAUUUGUUUUCCAAUUAAGUUUUCAUUAUUUUGAUCAGGUUUUUAGAAUGUUGAUCUCACUAGCAUGCAUUAAAUCCUUUGGUUUCUCAUCAGUUUAGUGUUUGAUAAAGGAAUUUCUUAGUAAUAUGAGAAUAAAAAAACUUUAUUUUUAUACAGACUGAUUAAACUGCACGUAAAAUGUGGAAAGAAUGGACCUUAAAUAUAAUGAAGCAUUUUUUUAAAACAAGCUUUGAGUCACAUUUGGGAGGUAGUUUGUCACAAUUACUAAAACUGAAUUGAUGAAAGCGAUGUGCUGUACUUGAAUUUUUAUUGUAAUUUAUAUGGAUUGGUUAUGAAAUUCAUAAUUUGAGGAGUUAUUAACUGUUGGCUAUAACUAUUUAUUUUUGCUCUAGUGAAUUUUUUAUGACCUUAGUUACUUAAACAUUCCAUUUUCCAAUUGUAGUUACUACUGUGUUCUUAGAUAAGCUUGUCUUUUUAAUAGUUUCUCACCAGAGUCAUGAUAGGGUGUUGGUCUUUUGGUUAUCAGUAAUUUUCAUGUUUGUCUCUGUUGGGAAAGUUCUAGGUUACGAUGGAUAUGAGAAGUGAGAUAAGACAAGCCCUCUGUUUUCAUCUGCUUGUGACCAGGUGUCAAAUGCUUUAGUUUUUGCCAGUUAGUGCUAAGGUUUGUAUUUUUAUCACAUGGUUUGCUUUUUCCUCAGGGAUUUGAAGGAAUAGAAGUCAGACUUCCUGUGAGAUUUAAGGAAUACAACUUAAAACUUAGAAAUAGACUAUUGUUGUCUUAUCAAAGUAAUGCAUCAGAUUUGGUUAGGUUAUAUAAAUAAUGAAAGUGCAUGUGUUGGGGUAGGGCACUAAAUGCUGAAAAUACAUUGGCUCGUGAAAUUGUCCUAAGGCAGACAUUUGUCAGAAUGGAAUUAGUUAUAAAUAUGCUGAAAAUGAAAUUAGUUAUCAAUUUUCUUAAAUUGAAGUAAAUUGGGUGUGUUCAAAGAACUUCUGUUAGUUGUAUGACAAAAUUUAUUUGUACCCCCCCUGCUCAUUAAGGGUGCCUUAUACAAAUUACUCCCCCUGUCCAAUUCAUUCCAUGUAUAACUCAAGUUGCAGGUGUUCUUUCUAAAUUGAAAAUGAAGUAGCCUUGCUCUUCAUUCUUGUAUUUACAUGACUCUUCCACUGUUGGUUUUACAGUCUUGGUGCAUAUUCUGUAUUUAUAGCUUUUCCAUUGCAUGUAAAGCAUACAUACUAUAGGUGCAGCCAAUUUUUUUUAUUGCCUGCUAUACCGUAGGCAGGUUUUUCCAUUUUCUAAACAGCCAGCAUUUCAAAAUUAAAGCCAAUUGGUUAUUUAGAUAAACAGAAUUUUCGCAUGAUGAGGUAUUGGUACUGUAGAACCAGCAGUGUUGUAAGAGAGGACUUCAGUUAAGAAAUUUACCCAACAAUGGUAUUUUUGACUCAAAGCCAUCCACCCAAAUAUGAAAUAACCAGAGCAUUAAGGAGAUAUCUGUGAUUGCAUUUGAAUUGGCAAACAUUUUAUUUGGGAACUGCUAAAAGUCAAGGGUAUGUAACAGUAUGUUGUUUUCAAACUCAAGAUUGGUUUUACACACACUAGUAAAUUGCAUGCUAUGAACAAUGGUGUCAUUGAGAUAAACCUUAGUUUACUAUAACUUGUGAACUCAUUACUUAAAGAACUAUUUGUAGAUGUAACAAGGUGUAAUGAAUUUAAUGGAAAUAGAAAUAACUCUGGUACUUAAUGAAAGCGUUAGAGAAACAAUUUUCAUUCCACGUAUUGUAAAUUGUUUUAGGUAAUAGCCAAGAUAAUGCACUUUAUGGUUAUUCAACUUAUAGUAUUGUGCUAAACGGUUGAAACUGUAUGAUAUUAGUUGUCCAUGGAAUUUCUAAUGGUGGGUUCAUAUUUGUUGCUGUUACAUUGUAGAGGAUGUUUCAGGAAUGUUUACCUUUAUUGGUAACAUUGAAUGAAUAACCAUACUGGCUUGAAACUGGAAAUUUUAUCAUAACCAGAUUUCUAAUGGAAUUAUAUGCUGAAUGUGAGCUUUAUAAAUGGGGAAAUUUGAAAUAUAUUUCUUAUCUGGUAUGGUUAACAGCCAUAAUAUGUAAAAUGAUUUAAGAUCAUAAUUUCUUUUGUAUUGUAGCCUCAGCCUUACUGCAUUUGGUCAUUUUCAAAAAUUGGGAAUUAUUGUUGUUAUAGUUUUGUCACUAGACCACUGAUAUACACUUCUGGGGUCAUAAUUCGCACCCAAAGAAAUGAAUUCUUCUGUGAGUGGGAAAAAUUACUGGGAACAAGACACAUUCAAGGGAGUUGAAGUUAAUCAGGAAGAAGCUAGAGAGUGGAAGGAAGGUAAAAUGCAUAAAAAAACCCCAUCGUAGUUUAGGGUUGAAGGGACGAUGUCAAGGAACCCCUUUAUAUUCUGCAGGGCAUCAUGCAAAGCACACAUUGGUGGUAGUACCUACAUUUAUGAUAUGAAUUGCAGUGAUAUCUGGUAUUGUAAUUUUUAUAUCAAGUGAUUCCUUCAUUUAUUUUGUAGCCUGUCAUUAUAAGGGAAAUUUAGAAAAAGCAGUGUUUUCAAGUCUGCCAUUUCCCAAUUUUAGUAAUAAUACUUUAGGUUAAAUAAGAACAAGUGUUACCGAUGAAAAUAUUUUCAUAGAGAAUAAUUUUGAUGCAAGUGUUACUGAUGAUAUUUUCUUAGAUAAUAAUUUUGAUGCUUUGAGUACAGAUAUCCUUUUUUCAAGUAGAAUUUCCUUGUGUAUAUUUAUGAGUUGAAAAAUAUACCUCUCAUAGUUGCUGAGCCAGUAAUGUUGGUGUAUGAAUAAACUGAAAUUUUAGCUUAUAGUUGCAGACUACACUGAUCUGUUUGUAAUUUAGGUAUUGUCAGGUUUAAACAGUUUAAUAUUUUUUUUGGUCAGCGUAAGGAAGAACUGAUGAAAUUUGUAAUGAAGGGGUUAAUAGUCUUUUGGUGUGGAAAACUGCAAGGGUAAUUGUUUUUUGAUAUAGGUAUUUUACUGGAAAUUAUAGUUGGUUUAGUAAGUUCAGUUUCACAAUGGUUGUUCUAUUUUGCAUUCUAAUAAUGCCCUUACAAGAUUAAAUUUAGAGAAAUUUUGUAUUGGAAUGUAGAGUUGAGAACUCGAGAUAAAAAAAAAUUAUUGUGCUUGAAUUUAUUUAGGCUAUGUGGGUCUUCAGUCGGAGGUUAAUGUACACAUUAGAAACACAGUUUUACAUUUUAUGGUACAAGGUGAAUUAGAAUGGAUUUGUGUUUAGAUGAGUUUUGCUGUGAUUCAUUUAUAAUUAUGAUGCAGGUUUGGACAGCUAAAUGCUAUCCCAUCAUCUUUUGAUACAUAAUUUUUAGUCAAGUUUUACCACCUCUGUAUAAAGGCGAGAGAAUUUCCACUUACAGUACUUUUGUUUAUUGAAUUACAAUGUAAAUAGCAGUAUUAUACUCAAGUUAAUGAAGCUGCAUUAUAUAAGAAGAUGGGAAGUAUGGAAGUCAUGUAGAUCACCUCGUGUUUUGAUUAUAUAACUGCUAUUAGAAAUGCCACAGAAAUUGAGUGAGAAUAAUUUAAGUUUAUGUAAAUUCAUAUACAUGAAGUACUAUACGUAUAUACACCCAGAAUGUGUAAGGUUGUUCAUUUCCUUUUAUUUAUUAGAGGGGACAGGGGACUGAUUGAUAUUGAAGUAUAUGUGAAAAUUGAAGAUUUUUAGGAUGGCUUAUAAAUAGAAAUUAGAAUAUUUUAUUUUUAACUGAGCAGUAUGUUACAUUUUUCAUGUACUAUCAUAUGGUGGAAGGUAUUUCCUUUAUACUGAAAUUAUCUUGCACAUCAGAAAACAUCAUGAAGGUUAAUAUUCAGUUUCUCUUUGUCUUUAUUUUCCCCUUCAAAGUAUGAGUAACUUUAUUGAAUUCCACUUGAGAUAUGUACUGAAGUUCUGAUAUAUUUUUAAUAGAUUUUUGAAAGUUCGAGGCACUUUGUGUCAAAUAAGAGCACUGUAGGUUGAUUUAUAAAGCUCUGUUCACUAGGUUUUCCUCUUGAGUGUUACCCAAAUGUAAGGUUAAGAGCAAUUUAAGCAGAUAUUUUUUUCUUGUUCAGCAUGUAUUAUGUACAUAGCUUGUAUCGCUUAUGCAUCCAUUCCUUUCCUCAUGUGGCUCUGUGUGUGUUGUGGACCAUAAAAUAUGAGAUUUGGUCAUGUAAUUUCACUUAACAUGAGUAUAAAAGAGCAAUAUAUACUUUUAUGCAUAUCAAUAUUAUUUUCAUUACUAGAAAAUGUUGACGUUUGAAAUACUACAUUUUAGUAAAUGGUAUGUAGAAUAAUAGUCAAAACUGAAAAAACUUUUGAAUGUCAGGGUCAGUCUUUGUUUAACAGCAGUAUUUUUAGUAGUAAUUUAUAUAGUAAACAGCACAUGAUUAUUCAUAUGCUUAGUAAAGUUUAAUAUUUCUUUUGUUAAUGUGUAUGAACUCAGAAACAAAAUUUUUUCAAAAGGUCUUUUUUGGUCUUGGGAAAGUAUAGUUUGUAGGAAUUCAGUAGCUUCAAUAUUUUUGGCCAUCUUUACAUAUUUUCAGAAUCCAUUAUAUGAUGAAUACUGUACUGCCAUAUACUCAAGUCUGAAAUAUCAGUAAGAUUUUAAAGCUGGUUUAGGUGUAGGUUCUGCUGAGGAGCAGCAUCAGUGCAUUUAUUAAGUACCAACAAGAUUCACCUACAGGCUGGCUUUUCCCAUAUUUAUUGUCUGCAAACCAGUAAUCCUCACAAUGCUUAGUUUAGUAACUUUCUUUUGUGCCACUGCCAUACUGUGGAAUUCCCUUUUCGCUUGCAUUUUUCCUUACUUGUCUCAUGAGCAAGUUAGUCUCUCUGUAGGGUUAGGUAACCCCACUUUUUUUCAUUGUUUUUUGUGGGCUUUAAAGAAGGCUGUUAAUUUUACAUCUUAUUUUGGGCUUGGUAUUUAAAAAGUGUUUAAUUGUGCUGUAUUCUCAGAUAAAGGUAAAAAAUUUGAGCCCCAUUUCAUUUAGUGUGGCAUUAGACUUGCAAAGGUUAUGUAGAACUACCAGGAAACUUUUACUAAUUGAUGCUUUAAUCAGGUAUCUUUAGUAUAAAGUGAAACCUUGGUAUAAUGCAGUAUAGCAUUGUAGAGGUCACUGUAAAAGUGGCUUAUGAUGGUUUUCUCUUGCAUAGUUUCUGCCUUUUCUUCCUCAAAAGUAGUUUUCUCUAUUUCUGUAGUAUAAAUUGGAAACCUCCCUUUUACUGUAUUAGUAGUUUGGUCAGUUCUUGAUUUUAUGCCCUUUUAUUUGUUGCUGAUGAAAAGUGCAUCCUGUAUUACCUUCAUGCCAGGGCAGUGGUGCUCAGACCAUUCCAGUUUUGAGUAUACUGUAAUUUGUUACUUGUUUGUCCAAAAUUUGUUGAGAUGGCCAUAAUAGGCAAAUUUUGAACAACCCACAAAGUUUAAAAAUAGUAAAUUACUCACUUCAGGUGUGAGGUUAUCAAGCAGUUUUAUGUUACAGAUGUUAUGGUUUUUUUUUUUAGGGGAAUUAACAGUAGAAUUUGACGGGGAAUAUUUUUGUUAUGUUAUAUUAUUAUCAUAUCCAAGUGUUAAUUUCAUCUAUGUAAAAUGCUGUAUGAAUAGUUACAUAUAAUAUUUAUGACAUUUUAUGUAGCAGCUUCAUAUAUUUCAAAUGCAUGCAUAUAAACAUUUGAUGUAUAUAUCUACAUGCCAUAUUUGAGAUGCGGGGUACUGUGUACCUAAAGAAUCAUCAACAUUCACGUUGUAUAUAUGAUGUAGUUUUAUGUUCUUUUUUGAGACAAAUAUAUUGCUUGAAGUUCA